UGUUUUACCUGCUUCCUGUUCUUCUUCUCCUUCUCCUUCGCCCUCCCCUGCUGCUUCUCCAGCUUUGUCUGCCCUGAUCCUGCUGCUUCCCCUGCUGCCUCUGCUGCGUGAACCGCCCUCCGCUGCGUCCUCCGCCUUCUCUGCGCUAGAAAUGGCCCUCACCUCAACGUCCUCCCACCGCUCUUCAACGGCUUCCAACCACAAUGCCAACAUCAACAUCAACAGCAACUCCAAUGGCUCCAACAUCAACAACCGCAACUCCUCCCAUAUUUCCAUCAACAGCAAGACCACAGACAUUAACAUCUCCUCUGUUUUUCACGUCAAGUCCUUGAGCCACACCAGCAGAAAUGCUGCCUUGAAACAACAAGAGGUCCUCAGCCAGUUCAAUGCCAGAAUCUUUUUCGACAAGCUCUCCAACCAACCUCUAUUGGCCCUCAACGCUUGCCAGAAGUGCAGAAAACUCAAGCGAAAGUGCACCAAGAACAAGCCCUACUGUCUUAAUUGCUUCAAAACCAACCAUGAGUGCAUCUACAUUGAAAAAUUAAAGGACUCGCCUGAUGCCACUGUCUUUUCCUCUGCUGACUACGUCAAGGACUCUUCCACCUUGGAUACAACCUACAACGACAUCUCUAGUCUACGAACAACCUCCUCCUCCUCCACCACCACCACAAGCCAGAUCCACAAAAGCAGCAACAUAAUCAACAUUUCAAACAACCUAUCCGUCAACCCCAACAAAAGACGAAGACACCCCCCACGACUAUACAGAAAAGUCGACUCCUUGAACGACAUCGCCAUCAAUCCCAACCCAAAUACCUACAACAACAGAUUCCUUGCCCCAAACGAAUCCCACGACCUCUCAAACAACACCAUCAUCUCAAACCUCACAGACUAUGAUGGCCACAAUUACAACCAUUCCUAUAACGACACCGACAAUUAUAACGACAAUUAUAAUGAAAAUGACAACAUAAUCGACAAUGACAAUGAUAUAGACAACGAAAAUGAUAUCGACAACGACAACAUCAACAUCAAACUAAACAACUUUGAGGCAAUCAUGGGCAAUUCCUCAAUGAACAAAAGAUUGAAAAAAAAUUCCUAUCUGGACAUGUCAAAACACAUGAACCUCUUCAGCGCAAAAAUCCCUUUUGCCUACAAACUUGAACAUUCUGCCAUCCCCAAUUCUAACACCCAAAACAACUCCAUUUCCACUGAUAAUAAUCCCAAUACCACCCAUAAUAUUGCCAAUACUAACGCUAGUACCACAAAUUCUACCAUCACUGCUAAUAACAACAAUAACGAUGACGAUGAAGACCAAGUUAAUGAAAACAUCAUAAAUAAUAACAUCAUAAAUAAUAACAUUUCCUUUCAGGAUCCUCUAGAAGCCUCCCAAUUUUAUCUGCUAUACAAUUUUCAUAAUCCUCUUUUAAACAACGAUAUAAACAAUAAUAAUAAUAAUGAUAAUAAUAAUAAUAAUAAUAAUAAUAACAAUAAUAAUAAUAAUAAUAAUAACAGCAACAACAACAACAGUAACAACAAUAUCACAAAUAACUCAAUUAUAAACCCUGAUAGUGAAUUACUAGACGACUUUAAAAUUAUACAAGAUGCAAUCAAAAAUAUGAACAAUACCAUGUCCACUUUUAGUAAUAACCCAGAAAUAAAUAACGAUAUCAACAAUACAGACAAUCAAAAUGAAAACUAUGACGAAAACGAUAUAGAUAAUGAUAUAGACCAUGACAAUGAUCAUGAUAUAGAUCAUGGCAAUAAUCAUGAUAUAGAUCAUGAUAACAAUAGUGAUAACGAAAAUGAAAAUGAAAAUGAAAAUGAAAAUGAAAAUGAAAAUGAAAACGAUAAUGAAAACGAUAAUGAAAACGAUAACGAAAAUGAUAACGAAAAUGAUAACGAAAUCGAUAACGAAAACGACAAUGAAAGUAAUAUAGACAAUGACAAUGAUAAUGAUAUCAAAAACGACGGCAAUAUAGAAAACGAAAUUGAAAAUAACAUAAAUAACCAUAACCAGAAUUUCCAUCAGAACAACAAUCAAAUUGACGCCCUGAUCAACAACCAAAAACAGAAUAAAUCAAACUUCAAUAUCUUCAAUAACAUUGAUCACCUUCAUGACGUCAAUAACACUGACUCAUCUAUCAAUACAAUAAAAAACAACACAAAUCAUUCAACCUCUCCCAAUCAAUCAUCAAAUGGCAAUACCAUUAACGAUAACGAUAACGAUAACGAAAAUAAUCCAAAAUCUAUUCUCCACUCUUCAAAGAUCAUACACAAUAACAUCAAAAUAAAUAAACCAGUUGAAGCUCUAAUAGAUCCUGAACUAAUAAGCUAUAGCCAACCUUUUGAUCACAAAACAAAUAUAUAACUUAUAAUGUAUAACAUAUCACACACACACACACACACUACAUAUAACAUAUCGAAUAUAAUAUAUGACAAUAAAUGAUAAUACAUGGUGCUAACUAUAUAUUUAGUCAACACCAUUAUUAUCAUCAUCAAUUCCACUACUAUUCAGUGUAUCUAGUAAUUUCAUAUAAUAUUCUCAUUAUUUUAUUAUUUUAUUAUCUGCCUUGCUUUUACUGUGUUUUGCUGCUUAUUUUAUCAAUUUAAAGGGCUUUAUUUAUCUUUUGGAGUUUUAUAUAUCUUGAAUA